CUCUUUCUAUGUACACUCCCUUCUCACUCUCCUUGGCUUCUGGGAAUCUCCAGAUUGGAACUUUCGCCCUGCCUGCUUUAAACUUUGGAGGCUUUCCCAAGCACUUCCCCUGGCGUCACCUAAUCCGCAACUGCAGCAGCAAUAGCAACAGCAAUAGCAAGAAAUGGGUGAUGCGGAUACAAUUAUUAGGAACAAAUGGGUGAUACGCAGCAGCAAUAGCAACAGCAACAGCAGCAGCAAGUGGUCGGAACAUGUCCCAGAUGAUAUCCUGCAAUCGAUUCUACAACGGCUAUGCAUAUUACAUUAUGUUCGGUGUGGCUCAGUAUGCCGUUCAUGGCGAGACUUUGUUGUUAGGGCAAGGUGUCGUCCUGCUCCUGAACUUCCAUGGCUUUUCUCUCAUCAUCGUCGGACGUUUUUAACAUCUGAUGGUGAGGAGAAACGUUACAAAUUAAAUCUGCCCACUGAUGAUGAGUAUGAUGCAUAUGUUGGGUCAAUCGAAGGGUGGUUGAUGAGAGUUGAUUGGACUGGAUCCAUCAUUACUUUAUUGAAUCCCAUCUCAGGUGGCCGAGUGAUGCUUCCACGAUGCAAACAUGAGGUCACUGCUCCCUUCAUACGUAAAGUUGUAGCCUCCUCUGUACCAACCACAAGAAGCCCAUCUUGUACUGUUGUGGCUUGCCUUUCCACAGGUGUUGAAAGGACGACGCUGGCGGUCUGUAGACCCACUGAUAAAUCAUGGACCAGAAUUGAUGAGGGCCUCAGCUUCGAAGAUAUACAGUUCAUCGAUGAGAAGCUAUAUGCCGCAACCAAGAACCCGUCGCAGUUUUUGAUAGUGUUUCAGUUUGCCACAAAUAAUCAUGAUCAUCAUCAGCAAAUCCAAUACAGGGCUAAAAGGUUGGUUGUACUUGAAGACCCUGGCCCAGAUCGUGAGAGGUUCGAGCAUAUAUUUACGAUAAAAAAGAGUCAUCUUUCCCUUGCAACAGAUUUAUCUACAUCAAAGGAGUUGCUUAUGAUUACUUUUCCGGACAAUUAUACUGAAGAGCUGCUUGUAUUUUCCCCAAAUUAUGCUGAAGCAUUUCAAGUUUUCAAGCUGGAGUUUAAUAAUAAUGCUGCUGCUAAUAAUGGUAGUCCUCCUCCUCGAUGGGUAGAGAUUGUCGGAUUUCGUGAUCGGAUAUUGUUUUUAUGCCAGAGAUGCAAUGAAUUCUACGAUGCCACCCUCGCUGACACUAACGAUCUGCAUCAUAUAUAUAUGAGACACUGCAUCAUUAUUGGUUUGGGUUUAUUCAGUCUACGAACCUUCUGGUUCACUCCAAAUCCUUGGUAG